CCAAUGGCCGCGUGGUAAAUACUAGUGGUGUUGUCAGGGGGGGGAUAGAGGUGGAGAGGUGAUCUCUAUGAGCCGCUCUGCUCCCGACCCGGGAACACGUUCACUGCUCACCCAUCGUAGAUCAGCCCCAAACCCGGCGGCAUCGAACCAGAAACCCUCAGGGUCCGAGGCAGUGAGACGGUCAGAACACGGAGGCGUUGCCGGCUGCGUCUGUCGCCCGACAUCCUUUCAGUACGGCUCAGGUCACUCCGCGGUCUUAGAGCGCAGAGGAGACAAUCCCGAGAGCCGGCAAAUAGGAUUAGUGUCGGGAGGAGGUCCAUCUGAAGCGCCAGCCGUCAUCCCCGCCCUGUGUCCCGGAGCGCCGCCCUGACCCGGAGCAUCACACCCAACGCCCCGCCCAACAAGAUCAUACCUCCGCCCGACAGGAGUCAUACCUCCGCCCGACAGGACUCAUACCUCCGCCCGACAGGAGUCAUACCUCCGCCCGCACCACCCUCUGCCUGCACCCGGCCAUGUGACCCAGUGAAGACGGACACUCUGAGGACAGACUGGGGGGCCAUGUGACCCGGUGAAGACGGACACUCUGAGGACAGACCGGGGGGCCAUGUGACCCAGUGAAGACGGACACUCUGAGGACAGACUGGGGGGCCAUGUGACCCAGUGAAGACGGACACUCUGAGGACAGACGGUGGAGGAGCUGAACAGCGUGAGGUUGAGUUUGGGGACGCGUGGAUCGUCCUAGAGGUUGAAGAUGGUGGUCUGCUGGACCCUUUGGACCGGGCUUCUAUUGGGUGGUCUUCACCUGCUGACAGAGGCCCGUGGUGGAGGCGGAGGUGGGGGCGUGGCCUGGGGGCGGUCUGUGGGGACCAGAACCCUCAGACCAGGGGGGGGGCUCUGGGCGGCGGGCCGCCGGGGGCCCGGGGCCCUGUCCCGCCGGAGGAGGGAGGCCCUGUUCCCCAGCGGGGUGAAGCUCUGCUCCCAGGAGACGCUGGAGACGGCGCUGAGGAACCACCUGGACUACUUCCACCUGAGAGUGUGUCAGGAGACGGUGUGGGAGGCCUACAAGAUCUUCUGGGACCGCCUCCCCAACCGGGAGGAGUACCAUGAUUGGCUGAGCCGUUGUUUGGACGGUUCUGUCAGCCUCAUUGAGAUUGGCCGGCAGUUCAGCCAAUCACAGGAGCACAUCCAGCUCAUCAGGACUAGGGUAGAGGUGGCUGCAUCGCUGAACAGCGUUCCUACAAGCUCCGCCCCCCCACUCUGCAGUACGGAGCCCCCAGCCCACGGCGACAUUACCUGGACAGAGGACGGGGUCGUGACCCCGGGAGGAGGACCCACCACGGCUGACCUCGGUGACCUCUCACCUGAGCCCCCCGUCGUCACGGCGACGCCGGGCGGUGACGUCACCAGCGCCUCCCGGCAGGACGUCCCCGGAGCUCCAGGGACGUCCCCCGACCCCCCGGCCGGGCCCCCCACGGCGCACCCAGGAGAGGAAGACCACGAGGGGGUCCCCUCAGACCCCUCGGACCACCUCAGGACGGGUGGAGAUGCGGCGGAGGCAGCAGUCGUCAUCACCGCCAAAGAGGAGCCCGCGGAACCUGGGGAGGACCCUUCUCCCGGGGCCCCGGUGGGGCUCUGGGAUCCCGCCCAACAGGAACCUCCUCCUGACGAGGUCCAGGUCCAGACCCCCAGCGCCUCCUCAGACCAGCACUCCUCUCAGGGUCCUGGACACGGCCCCCACACACCGCCCACCCACCUCACCUCCACCUCCUCCACGGACGUCACCUCCACCACCUCCCUAGACGUCACCUCCACCACCUCCCUAGACGUCACCUCCACCACCUCCCUAGACGUCACCUCCCUAGACGUCACCUCCCUAGACGUCACCUCCACCACCUCCCUAGACGUCACCUCCCUGGACGUCACCUCCCUAGACGUCAACUCCACCACCUCCCUAGACGUCACCUCCCUAGACGUCACCUCCCUAGACGUCACCUCCCUAGAUGUCACCUCCACCACCUCCCUAGACGUCACCUCCCUGGACGUCACCUCCCUAGACGUCACCUCCACCACCUCCCUAGACGUCACCUACCUAGACGUCACCUCCCUAGACGUCACCUCCACCACCUCCACAGACGUCACAGACGUCACCUCCCUGGACGUCACCUCCACCACCUCCCUGGACGUCACCUCCACCACCUCCCUAGACGUCACCUCCACCACCUCCCUAGACUUCACCUCCCUAGACGUCACCUCCCUAGACGUCACCUCCACAGACGUCACCUCCCUAGACGUCACCUCCACAGACGUCACCUCCCUAGACGUCACCUCCACCACCUCCCUAGACGUCACCUCCCUAGACGUCACCUCCACAGACGUCACCUCCACAGACGUCACCUCCCUAGACGUCACCACCCUAGACGUCACCUCCCUAGACGUCACCUCCACAGACGUCACCUCCCUAGACGUCACCUCCACAGAUGUCACCUCCCUAGACGUCACCUCCACAGACGUCACCUCCCUAGACGUCACCUCCACCGCCUCCACAGACGUCACCUCCCUAGACGUCACCUCCCUAGACGUCACCUCCACAGACGUCACCUCCACAGACGUCACCUCCACAGACGUCACCUCCCUAGACGUCGCCUCCACAGACGUCACCUCCCUAGACGUCACCUCCACAGACGUCACCUCCCUAGACGUCACCUCCACCACCUCCCUAGACGUCGCCUCCCUAGACGUCACCUCCAAAGACGUCACCUCCACCAUCUCCCUAGACGUCACCUCCCUAGACGUCACCUCCAAAGAUGUCACCUCCACCACCUCCCUAGACGUCACCUCCCAAGACGUCACCUCCAAAGACGUCACCUCCACCACCUCCCUAGACGUCACCUCACUAGACGUCACAUCCACAGACGUCACCUCCACCACCUCCCUAGACGUCACCUCCACCACCUCCACAGACGUCACCUCCACAGACGUCACGACCCUUGAGGUCACGACCCUUGGGGUCACGACGGUAGAGGUCACGACCCCAGAGGUCACCCCCAGGUACAUUGUAGAGUACAACAACGGGAACUUCCCGGAACCUACGAUGGAACCACAGGAAGAGAACCAGGACCUCCUGGGGAACAACGUCUUCGGCCUGGAGGAGGAGCUGCAGAACACGAUCGGGAACGAGAUGGGGGCCAGCCGGCCGCGGCCCCCCCGGCCCCUGAAGGAGCAGGUGGUGGAGCUCUACGUCAGGCUGAGGGGAGAGACCUUCACCAACGCCCUCAGGGACCCCAGCAGCUCCCAGCACCUCCUGCUCUCCAGACGGUUCACACGCAAGGUCCGUGACGUCUUCGACCAGGUGCCUGGCUUCAAGAGCGUCUCUGUAGUGGAGUUCAGACCUCAGAAAGAUCUGGAGAGGGGUCUGGUGGUCCUUGUCCACUACGCCGUCACCCUGGAGGUGGACAGCGGGGGGGUCAGCAGCCACACCCUGGACUCCGUCACCCAGCUGAACGCGGGGGUGGAGCUCUCGUACCGGGCGGAGCAGCCCACCGUGGUCUACACCAUCACCGACUACAGGAACUACAUCACCGAGGCUCUGCACCGGGACCCCCUCCCCCGCACCGCCCCCCAGCCCGACGCCACCACCCCGCACCACGUGGAGAACGUCCUGCCGUCCUCCGAGCCCGCCGGGGCCUGGGGGGGCGCCCCCGGCCUGAUGGAAAACGUCCUGGCGGCGGAGAGGCCUCCGGACGCCCCACCACAGGAAGUGGGCGGCGCCACGUCACAGGAAGUGGGUGGCGCCACGUCACAAGAAGUGGGCGGCGCCGCGUCACAGGAAGUGGGUGGCGCUGAGGGCGUCCUCACGAAGGACAACUUCCUGUUGGCGACCUUUGACCCCUGGAAAGGGAAACACUCCGAUGUGGCGAGCAGUGAAAACGAUGUGCUCCUAUUGGACGAGAGCACAGCCACUCCCCCUGUCCCUGAUUGGACAGAUGACCUCGGAGCAGAUGCUGGAGGCCUGGACGAUGAGGGCUUCCUCUUCAGCAGCCUCCCGGCCCCGGUCAGUGGGGUUGACGCCCCGAGCCCCCCCGCCCCGAGGCCCUCGGCUGGGCCCUCGGGGGCCCUGGAGGAGGGGGCCUCUGGAGGCUCCUCGGGGGACGGGGCGGGCAGCGGCCUGGAGGCCUGGACCCCCCCGCUGGACUCCAGGGGGGGGGCCUUCUACGAGGGCCUCCCCCCCCCGGACCUGGAGGAGGAGGCCCCAGAGGAGGGCCCCGACGGCACCACCGGGGCCCCCCAGGGCCCGGUGGUGAUCACCCAGGACCUCGGCUCAGACCCGCGCUACACCAGCACCCCCAGCCCCCCCGAGCUGUGGACCACGGCCCAGCGGCCCAGAGAGAUGCUGGGCCGGACCCCCGGGGCCUCGGGACUCCCCCAAGACCUCUCCUUCAUGGAGCCCUUCUCCCCCAACGGAGCGCAUUCUCUAGAACCUUCUGGUCCUUCUACAGAACCUCCUCCCUAUUCUCUAGAACCUCCUGCUCCUUCUACAGAACCUUCUGCUCCUUCUCUAGAACCUUCUGCUCCUUCUACAGAACCUCCUCCCUAUUCUCUAGAACCUUCUGCUCCUUCUACAGAACCUCCUCCCUAUUCUCUAGAACCUUCUGCUCCUUCUAUAGAACCUCCUCCCUUCUCUCUAGAACCUUCUGCUCCUUCUAUAGAACCUUCUACUCCUUCUACAGAACCUUCUGCUCCUUCUACAGAACCUUAUGCUCCUUCUACAGAACCUUCUGCUCCUUCUCUAGAACCUUCUGCUCCUUCUCUAGAACCUUCUGCUCCUUCUACAGAACCUUCUGCUCCUUCUCUAGAACCUUCUGCUCCUUCUACAGAACCCUCUACUCCUUCUCUAGAACCUUCUGCUCCUUCUACAGAACCCUCUACUCCUUCUCUAGAACCUUCUGCUCCUUCUACAGAACCUUCUACUCCAGACCCGGCCUCUGCUCCAGACCCGGCCUCCUCCUCCGGUCCUCAGCCUCAGAACAUCCGAGUGGAUGGUUCUGAAGAGGAGGUUCCCCCAGACCCCAGGGAGGUUGUGGUUGGUCCAGACCGCCCCCUCAGUGAGGGACCACCCAGCGCCGCCCCACAGCCUCCUCUGCUGACUCAGCAUGACCCUGAGGUUCUGUCCACGGAGGGGCUGGAGCCAGGGGCGGCGGUGGAACCACAGGGGGAGGGGGAACCAGAGGUGGAGGGGGAACCAGAGGUGGAGGGGGAACCAGAGGGGGAGGGGGAACCAGAGGUGGAGGGGGAACCAGAGGUGGAGGGGGAACCAGAGGUGGAGGUAGAACCCGUCCUGCUGCAGCCAGAAGGGGACCAUCAGGGGGGGGACUUUGGGGUUCUGGCGGAGCACCGUGUGGGCGGGGCCCAACCGGUGGCGCCCACGCGACCCCCGGCCGACCUGUCCCCGGAGGACCUGGUCGAGGACGAGGUCAUGCUGGUUACCAUGACGACUGCUACGACCGCACCGGUCGCCAAGGUGACCGCCGAGCAGAGCAUCUCCCUGUCCCCCGAGAUGGACUCCCCGUUCACGCGCGUGUCGGACGCGGCGCCGGACGACGAGGGGAACCUCCGAGAGCCUCCUCGCCAUGACGACCGCCUCGACGACCGCGUCCAAGAGUCUCCUCCCCGCGACGACCAGGUCCCAGAGUCUCGUCUCCACGACGACCAGCUCCCAGAGCCUCGUCAUCAUGACGACAUGACGUCCCACUCCGGCUGGGCUGAGAACAACCAGACCGAGGGCGUGUCCACGGCGACGCCCGGCCCAGGGGUCCAGGGGGUCCGACCCUCUGCCGGGGCCCCCCCCUCAGGGCCCGUGGGGGACCUGACCUUUGACCCGACCCGGCCCCUGGACGGAGAGGGCAGCGGGCUCCCGGAGGAGCCCGGGGCGGCGCAGCAGGCGGUGGCCCGGCCCACGGCCCCGGGCAGGGCUCUGUCGGUGUUCUUCAGCCUCAGGGUCACCAACAUGAGGUUCUCCACGGACCUGUUCAACAAGAGCUCUGCGGAGUACCGGGACCUGGAGCAGCGCUUCCUCCACCUGCUGGUGCCGUACCUGCAGUCCAACCUCAGCAACUUCCAGAACCUGGAGAUCCUGAACUUCCAGAACGGCAGCGUGGUGGUGAACAGCCGGCUGCGCUUCGGGGGGCCGGUGCCGCGGGCCGUGGCCACCGUGGUGCACCUCAUCCUGGACGACUUCGCCGCCACCGCCUACCACACCAUGGACCUGACCAUCGACAGGACCUCGCUGGACGUGGAGACGGGGGACCGGGCGGACCCCUGUAAGUUCCAGCCCUGUAACGCGUUCUCGCGCUGCGCGGUGAACCCGGGCUCCGGGGAGGCGGAGUGCGUGUGCAGCGCGGGGUUCCACAGCGUGGGGGGCCUGCCCUGCAGCAGUGUCUGCCAGGCCAAGCCCCCCUACUGCCUCAACGACGGCCGCUGCGACCUCGUCCCCGGGAGGGGGGCCGUCUGCAGGUGUCCCGUGGGGGACCGCUGGUGGUACCGCGGGCGGCGCUGUGAGGAGCUUGUGUCGGAGCCGCUGGCGGUCGCCAUGGCGAUGGGCGCGGUGCUGGGGGUCCUGCUGCUGGCGGCGGGGGGGCUGUACCUCCUGGCCCGCGCGCUGAGGGACCAGUACCCCCCCCAGGACUCUGAGGACCCCCGACGACAGGGCGACAGGGCCUCAUCAACGGAGGGCUCCAGUGGGUACCGGAGCGAGCCCGUCUCAGCCCAGUACUACCGUCGCUAUGACGACCACCUGCCCCACUACUGCACCGACGGGCCGGAACCCAGGGGCCCCCCAGACCCCACGGGGCCCCCAGACCCCACCCAUAAGAACACCACCAACACCAGCCUCACUGCACAGGUUUCUGGGCAGCAGACGGAGCUCCUCCACCUAACCCCACCGGCCCCCGCUGUUUCUCUGAGCUCAAACUCCCUGGACCCGCCCUCUCUGCCGAGGAAGGGGAGGAGUCUCAUGUUGCCGUGGUGAUAUCAGCGGACAGGAGAGGAAACCAAAGGGGCUACAUUUUUAUACAGACACUUUUCGUGCUCUACGACUUCGUAGAACGUGAACUACGCACUGCCAGGCUCACAGCGAUCGGACGUUCUCUGGUCAGCUACUAAACACUACAGUAGGGCUAUCUUCCUGCACUGGUCUGUUGGUCUGAGACGGUCUCUGGUCAGCUACUAAACACUACAGUAGGCCUAGGUUCCUACACUGGUCUGUUGGUCUGAGACGUUCUCUGGUCAGCUACUAAACACUACAGUAGGGCUAGCUUCCUGCGCUGGUCUGUUGGUCUGAGACGUUCUCUGGUCAGCUACUAAACACUACAGUAGGGCUAGCUUCCUACACUGGUCUGUUGGUCUGAGACGUUCUCUGGUCAGCUACUAAACACUACAGUAGGGAUAGGUUCCUACACUGGUCUGUUGGUCUGUGACGUUCUCUGGUCAGCUACUAAACACUACAGUAGGGCUAGCUUCCUACGCUGGUCUGUUGGUCUGAGACGUUCUCUGGUCAGCUACUAAACACUACAGUAGGGCUAGGUUCCUGCACUGGUCUGUUGGUCUGUGACGCUCUCUGGUCAGCUACUAAACACUACAGUAGGGCUAGGUUCCUACACUGGUCUGUUGGUCUGAGACGUUCUCUGGUCAGCUACUAAACACUACAGUAGGGCUAGGUUCCUACGCUGGUCUGUCGGUCUGUGACGAUCGGACAGCCAUGAGGCAACGCCCAGUGCCUUCGGUGUUCUUACAGGAGUUGUCGCUUCACAGCCACCUCUCCGACCAAUCAGAGGAACCGGAUACACCGGCCCAUACCCCGUGUCGGUUCUGGUUGGCUGUACGAUGUUUCAUACGAUUUCAUUGCCCUGUACGAUGAUUAAUGUCUUUUUGUUCGGAUGUACGAUGUUUAAUGUCUUUUUUUUUUUCCGGGUUAUGUUGAAUAUGUUUUUGCUCUAGGAUCUGUUCUUCAGCUCUAAAAGGUUUAAUGCUAAAUGUUAAUGUAGUGUAGCACCGUAAUAUUGCUCUAUAUGUUCUAUUGUUGCCGUAGUUACCAUGGAUUCACACUUAUCCACAAUGGGAUAUGUCGUCUGUAAUAAGUUAUGGUACUUCAACAGGGGGAUUCAUGAAUCCUAUUUCAGCAUUUGUUUGGAGACAUAAGGUUAGCUGGUGGCUAGCAAAUACUAGCCUAUCCACUUAUACAAGUGAUCCACAAAUACCAGCGAACGCUCGGAUCAGAAAGGCUUGAGAGGAGGAAGACGAUGGGGGUGAUGAUGGUGUAAAGCUUCAGUUUGUGUAUAGUUGUGAUGUGAUUAAAUAUGUUAUUAUUUACAGCCGAUGGUACAGUCAUGUUAUUCGACACCUACACUGUUCUCCGGGCCUGCCUCAUUUUCGUAUAUUGUAUUGUUUUGCUUCCUGGUUUGGAAGCAAACAAAGCUGGGAGUUUUGUGCGGAAGUAAAGAUACCCGAGUCCUCCGGUUUCAUGUCUUAGCCUACAAACUUCUUAGGGGCGUUUUCUGAACACUCUUAUUUCGGAAGAAUGGACGGUUUGCGCAAAAACAUGUCAGAGCUUCAGAACCUCGGAGCUGUUUUGAAGGCAGCAUUACAUCACGUUCUGGUUCUUUGUAUUUUCUUACUUCCUGCUUGUGUGAUGUCAUUUCCUGGUUGUUUGUGAUAUCACUUCCUGGUUCUUUGUAUUUUCCUACUUCCUGGUUGUGUGUGAUGUCACUUCCUGGUCCUGUGUUCUUUCUUCUUGGUUGUGUUGUGUAUGUGUUGGGUGCUAGUGGGAUUCACGUGAGGCAGAGGAAGUGUUUCCUAAAAUAAAAUAUAUCUUUGACUUAA